AAAGGACGGCCCUUUCCCCCCCACUUCUGUCCACCCAAUGAAAACCAACCACAGCCGACACCUGGCUAUAAACCCAGGAAGGAACCCGAAGCUCUAAUCAGAAAUCGAGUAGAAGAAGGGGAGAAAAAAAGGCGCAGUGAGCAGGGAAGCAGGCAGGCAGGAAGACGAGCGGAGCCGUGAUGACUUCAAGUAAGAUCGAAAUCCCAGGAGAGGUGAAGAGCGACCCGGCUGCUCUCAUGGCAUCCCUCCAGCUGAUGCCCUCCCCGGUGCCCAACCCGGAGAUCAAGCACACCAAGAUUUUCAUCAAUAAUGAGUGGCAUGACUCAGUUAGUGGGAAGGUCUUCCCUGUCUACAACCCAGCAACUGGAGAGCAGAUCUGUGAGGUCCAGGAAGCUGAUAAGGCUGACGUUGAUAAAGCUGCGCAGGCUGCUCGCCUUGCCUUUUCUUUGGGCUCGGUCUGGAGAAGGAUGGAUGCAUCUGAGAGAGGACGACUGCUGGCAAAACUGGCUGACUUGGUAGAGCGAGAUAGCGUCUAUUUAGCAACUAUUGAGUCGCUGAACAGUGGGAAGCCUUUCCUGCCCACCCUGUUUGUGGAUCUCCAGGCAACUAUAAAGACUCUACGGUACUUUGCUGGAUAUGCAGACAAGAUCCAUGGAACCUCCAUUCCGAUGGAUGGAGAGUAUAUGACAUUCACCAGAUAUGAGCCUAUUGGAGUUUGUGGGCAAAUUAUCCCCUGGAACUUCCCUCUGAUGAUGACUGCGUGGAAGCUGGGCCCAGCGGUGGCGUGUGGAAACACUGUCGUUCUAAAACCAGCUGAGCAGACGCCACUCACCUGCCUCUAUAUAGCUGCUCUCGCCAAGGAGGCUGGGUUUCCACCGGGAGUCAUCAAUAUUUUGCCAGGAUACGGUCCAACAGCAGGAGCUGCAAUUGCUUCGCACAUGGGCAUAGACAAAGUUGCUUUCACGGGAUCAACUGAGGUUGGCAAGCUAAUCCAAGAGGCGGCGGGGAAGAGUAACCUGAAGAGAAUAACGCUGGAGCUGGGAGGGAAGAAUCCCAACAUCAUAUUUGCAGAUGCAGACUUGGAUGUGGCGGUUGAACAGGCCCACCAGGGCGUGUUUUUCAACGCAGGCCAAUGCUGUACAGCAGGUUCACGCAUUUUUGUGGAGGAUUCCAUAUAUGAUGAGUUUGUCCGAAGGAGCGUGGAACGAGCCAAAAGGAGGAUAGUCGGCAGCCCCUUUGACCCUACAACUGAGCAGGGUCCACAGAUCAGUCGGGAGCAGCAGAAUCGUGUGUUGGAGUUCAUCCAGAGCGGCAUCAAUGAAGGUGCCAAGCUGGAGUGUGGAGGCAAAGCUCUGGGCCUCAAAGGGUUCUUCAUUGAACCCACCGUGUUCUCUAACGUGACAGACGACAUGCGUAUCGCCAGAGAAGAGAUUUUUGGCCCAGUCCAGCAAAUAAUGAAGUUCAAAACGAUUGAAGAGGUGAUUGAAAGGGCCAACAACUCAGACUAUGGUUUGGUUGCCGCUGUUUUCACCAGUGACAUCAACAAAGCCAUGACCAUAACCACAGCCUUGCAGGCCGGCACUGUGUGGAUAAACUGCUUCAAUGCUCUGAGCACACAGUGUCCGUUUGGAGGAUACAAAAUGUCUGGCAAUGGACGUGAAUUAGGAGAAAGUGGCCUAAGGGAGUACACAGAACAGAAGACCAUCACAAUGAAGAUGGUCUGCAAAAACUCUUAGAGGCGAACACUUCACCCAGAGGAGACCGUGUCAACUUCAUCGUCACACUGUCCUCAGCAACAGACCACAACGACCGUCGAAACUAAAUCUCUCUCCCUGGUUGAAUUCAGGCCAUAUUCACCCACUGCCUGUGGUCUCUUCCAUUAACUUAGCCCAGCGGUCAGCAGUUUCCCCCACAGCUAUAUCCAUUGCGCUCAUAUGGUAUACCUCCUCCACUAACGACACUAAAGCACUCACAGAGAUGAUUAGGGAGGCCUUUCUGACUGCGUGGUCCAAUAACACCACCCUACCCAGCCGCUGACCCCCGACCGUUCCCCACACCAGGUGCUGGAUGCUCAGAGACUCGGUCGCUGCACUUGCAAUAAGCCCUUUACUAGCUACUUGUUAUCUGUGGGGAGGUGGUUUUUCUUUUUGCUGUGCGGUAUGAUUGUCAAAAACUUGAGUCAUUUACUUUGUUAGAAUUUGCAAGAGCAUGCCAGCUCAUUCAAGACCACUGAUAUUUUUUGUCAGCUUCAGCCAUGAAAAGAUAAAAUGUUAAUUCAGAAUUUUAAUUGAAUGCUAAUUGUCUUUGUUUAUAUAUUAGCUCAUAUGACCUAACACUGUAUGUAAACCUUUGACCUGCAUUAAGAUGUUAAA